CGCGUCACGAACCAAUCAGCAGCCGAGGAGUAACCUUAAAGUCGGAUACCCGCGAAAAGGCCAGCAUGGCCGCUGCGCUUUCUUUGCCGCUGGCAAGCCAUACAAGAAGCUGGCCGGAGCUUCUCAGACACAAUCUUUCUUCUCUCCGUCGUCGCCUUCUUCCACCCAACCACCCUCCCCCCCCUUCUCCUCUUGAUCCGCUCUUUCUCCCUUUCCUGCCCGUGCUGUCUGGGUUGGAUUGUUGUCUUCCAGUCUUUUUUUAUCACCUUCGUGCCAGGAAUUCUUCUAGAGGCGCAGGAGGAUCUCUCGUUCGCUGUCUUCUCCGGUAGAGGAGCCCGUUUAAUCCCCUUGCUACGUGUUCUGUGGUGAAACGGACAUUGUCUGCAUCUACACAUCAUGGCGCGCAUCUCGAAUCAGGGUGCGGCCAAGCCCUUCACGGCUUGGACCACCAUCUUCUACUUGCUUCUCGUUUUCAUUGCCCCCCUCGCCUUUUUCGGAACCGCACACGCUCAGGAUGAGCAGUCGCCUCAGGAAAGCUACGGAACUGUUGUUGGUAUCGAUUUGGGAACCACCUACUCCUGUGUUGGUGUGAUGCAGAAUGGAAAGGUUGAGAUUCUCGUCAACGACCAAGGAAACCGUAUCACCCCUUCGUACGUCGCUUUCACCGACGAGGAGCGCCUGGUCGGUGACGCCGCCAAGAACCAAUACGCCGCCAACCCUACCCGGACCAUCUUUGACAUCAAGCGCCUGAUCGGUCGCAAGUUCGAUGACAAGGAUGUCCAGAAGGACGCCAAGCACUUCCCCUACAAGGUCGUCAACAAGGAUGGCAAGCCCGUUGUCAAGGUCGAGGUCAACCAGACCCCCAAGACCCUGACUCCUGAGGAGGUUUCCGCCAUGGUCCUCGGCAAGAUGAAGGAGAUCGCCGAGGGUUACCUUGGCAAGAAGGUCACCCACGCCGUUGUCACCGUCCCCGCCUACUUCAACGACGCCCAGAGACAGGCCACCAAGGACGCUGGUACCAUUGCCGGCCUGAACGUUCUCCGUGUCGUCAACGAGCCCACCGCCGCCGCUAUCGCCUACGGAUUGGACAAGACCGGUGAUGAGCGCCAGGUUAUCGUCUACGAUCUCGGUGGUGGUACUUUCGAUGUCUCUCUCCUGUCCAUCGACAACGGUGUCUUCGAGGUCUUGGCUACCGCUGGUGACACUCACCUUGGUGGUGAGGACUUUGACCACCGUGUCAUGGACCACUUCGUCAAGCUGUACAACAAGAAGAACGACGUCGACGUCACCAAGGACCUCAAGGCCAUGGGUAAGCUCAAGCGUGAGGUUGAGAAGGCCAAGCGUACUCUGUCUUCCCAGAUGUCCACCCGUAUUGAGAUCGAGGCCUUCCACAACGGCAACGACUUCUCCGAGACUCUCACCCGUGCCAAGUUCGAGGAGCUGAACAUGGAUCUCUUCAAGAAGACCCUCAAGCCCGUCGAGCAGGUGCUCAAGGACGCCAAGGUCAAGAAGUCCGAGGUUGACGACAUUGUCCUGGUCGGUGGUUCCACCCGUAUCCCCAAGGUCCAGGCCCUCCUCGAGGAGUUCUUCGGUGGCAAGAAGGCCAGCAAGGGUAUCAACCCCGAUGAGGCUGUUGCUUUCGGUGCUGCUGUUCAGGGUGGUGUCCUCUCCGGUGAGGAAGGUACCGGUGACGUUGUUCUGAUGGAUGUCAACCCCCUUACCCUGGGUAUUGAGACCACUGGUGGUGUCAUGACCAAGCUCAUCCCCCGUAACACCGUCAUCCCCACCCGCAAGUCUCAGAUCUUCUCGACGGCCGCUGACAACCAGCCCACCGUCCUCAUCCAAGUUUAUGAGGGAGAGCGUUCUCUGACCAAGGACAACAACCUGCUCGGCAAGUUCGAGCUCACCAGCAUCCCCCCCGCUCCCCGCGGUGUUCCUCAGAUUGAGGUCUCCUUCGACCUGGAUGCCAACGGUAUCCUGAAGGUGCACGCCAGCGACAAGGGCACCGGCAAGGCCGAGUCCAUCACCAUCACCAACGACAAGGGUCGUCUCUCCCAGGAGGAGAUCGACCGCAUGGUGGCCGAGGCUGAGGAGUUCGCCGAGGAGGACAAGGCGAUCAAGGCCAAGAUCGAGGCCCGCAACACUCUGGAGAACUACGCGUUCAGCCUGAAGAACCAGGUCAACGACGAGAACGGCCUGGGUGGCCAGAUCGACGAGGACGACAAGCAGACCAUCCUUGACGCCGUCAAGGAGGUGUCGGAGUGGCUCGAGGACAACGCUGCCACUGCUACCACGGAGGACUUCGAGGAGCAGAAGGAGCAGCUGUCCAACGUGGCGUACCCGAUCACCAGCAAGCUGUACGGCUCUGCCCCGGCGGACGAGGAUGACGAGGCCUACGGGCAUGAUGAACUGUAAAAUAACAUAGAGGGAUUUACGGAGUUCUUUUCUUGUUUUGAGAAUUGUUUUGGCCGUCACCGAGAGUGAUACUGAUACCUGACCUCGUCGAGGCAGCAAUACAUGAUACCAUUGUUACAUUAUCAGU